GAUAAGAUAAAGUUCAUUUCACAACCAAUAGCUUGUUAAAGAGGGUGAACCCAUGACCCUGAACACGAACAAGACCAUGCAACCUUUUGCCCCUGAUUGAUUUGUUAUACAAAAUGUUACAGCUAGGAAUUUCAAGGCAAAUCCCAAAGAAGUAGUGUCAUGGCUUGUCAUGAUCCCCUAAUUAUGUGCUGUUUUUCUCCCUGUUAAUGUUUCUCCUGAUAAGAAAGAAACAGAACAAGCAGCAGAUCCCUCCAACGCCUCCCAGGCUUCCAAUUAUAGGUAACUUGCACCAACUUGGAGAUUUGUCUCAUCGAUCUUUAUGGCAACUCUCCAAGAAAUAUGCUCCUGUCAUCCUUCUUAAACUUGGUGCUGUACCAGCGGUGGUUAUCUCCUCAGCCAUGGCUGCAAAAGAGGUCUUGAAAACUAAUGACCUACAUGCUUGCAGUAGACCUGUCUUGGUUGGCAAUGGGAGGCUAUCUUACAGCUAUUCUGAUGUAUCCUUCACAUACACCUAUGGAGAUUAUUGGAGGAAGAUGCGAAAGAUUUGUGUUCUUGAACACUUCAGCGCCAGGAGGGGGCAGUCAUUUCUGUUCAUAAGAGAAGAAGAGGUUGCUUUGUUAAUUGACACCAUCUCUGCAUGUUCUUUUUCAGCAACCCCUGUUGACCUCAGUGAAAAGAUUUUGUCUUUCACUGCAAACAUUACUUGUAGGGCAGCUUUUGGAAAGAGUUUUCAAGAGAUCAAAGGGUUGGAUGGAAAAAGAUUUGAAGUAAUUCGUGAAGUCUCUGCAAUAUUGGCAAGCUUCUCUGCCACUGAUUUCUUUCCCAAAGUCGGUUGGAUUAUAGAGAGACUCACAGGUCUCCUCCAUUCAAGAAUUGAAAGAAGUUUUCGGGAACUGGAUGUUUUGUACCAAAGAGUUACAGAUGAUCACAUCAAAUUAGAGGAGGAACAAGAAGAUAUUGUUGGUGGCCGGCUGAUGGUAUAGAGAGAUCAAGCUGAAUUUGGUACAGGUCAAUUCACCCAUGAUCACAUCAAUGCAACACUAAUGGUAAGCCACAUGUUCA